AAAUAACAUGAUCUGCAAAUCAGCCUAAUGGUCAGAAAACUACAUAUAAUUAAAGAAAAAACAUGAUCUGCAAAACGUUAAAGUGUGUUGUCAGAAUGAAGAAGGCUUUGCAGGAUGCAAAGAAUCUGGAUGAUUCGUGGAUAAAAGAAGAAAGUGACACUAUCGAACUUAUUGAUUUGAAAAAAAAAAAGUUAUUUUUACAAAAAGUAGUUCAUCGAAUUGAUUUGAAUUGUAUUCAUUAUAUAAAUGAUUAUAAUUAUUUUCUUAAAAAUAUUUUUUUUCCUGUCAAUCAAACUCUGUCUUCUAAAAUGUCAUAUUUUAUAAACCACUUUAAAAUCAAUGAAAAGGUUAAUUUAAAAAGUCAAUAUGCAUUUGCAGUGAUUGAACUUAAAACAGGAGAACGUAUAUUAAUCGGACCCUUUAAGCCAAAAAAUGUUGGUCAGACUGGUAAAUAUCCCGAUAUACAUCACAGCGAGCAUCAAUGCAUAAAUAAUUUAAAACAAGAAAUUAAGUAUAUGAAGAAGAAGAAGAGAAUAAUAAAAGCUAUUUAUAUAUUUACUAAAUAUAGUCCCUGUUUAUGCAUAAAGGGAAAGUUGUGUCCUUGCAUGACCCAGCUAGCUAAUUUCUCUAAAGAUAUGUAUAAUGAAUUUAAUAUAGAUAUUUACAUUACUUUCCAGGACAUUUAUGGUGCGACAGGAAGUACAGCACAAACAAUAAAGAGCUUUGUAAAAACAUCAGAUAAACUGAGUAAAAAUUAUGAAGAUUCUCGUAAUAAAAUAUUGAGAUUAAUGAAACAAGUUAAGAAACAAUAUUCUAGAUCAAAAUUUACAUUUUUCCUGGGAGAUAAAGACCAAGAAAGGUUCAAAAAUGAUAUAAUAAAAGAAAUGAAGGAAAUUAAACCAGAUCUAGAAAUUGAAUUAAAAAUUAAAUUUCCCAGUAAUCCAAUUUUAUUACAUGAGUUUAAGAGCUUCGGAGAAAAACAAACUAAUAAUAUAAAGACACAACUAAAAAAUUAUAAUUUUACUAGAGAAAUUGCUGAAAAUAUUUGUUCACUUUUUAAUUCUAAGUGGUGUGAAAUAGCUGAUGACAAAUAUAAUGAUUUUAUUUAUGAGAAGCUCAGCGAUUAUUUUAAAAUCUUUGCUGUUGCAUUCGCUUAUAAAGAUAUUAAAGCUUUCACAAACCAUUUUAAUCUGGAAAAGGGUACAAUUAUAUGUUUAAAUUUAGAAUAAUUGUGGUGCAUGUGUGUUGUUAUGUAUUUAUCAGUCCAUUGAUGUUACAUUGUGUAAGGGCUCUGUACUGUCUCAUUGAUUUGUGUAUUUCUCUGUAAUCAUCUCCAUCUGAGAGAUGAUGAGAUGUUUCCAUCUACAGACUAGAGACACUGUCAGGCUGCUGAUUCUCUAUUGUAACACCUGUUAAACACCUGUUCAAUGCCAACAAACACACAACUCCUGUAUAUCUAUUCAAUAAAUCUGUUUACUUUCA